GAGGCGCGGCGGCGCAGCCCCUCAGGCCUGGGCGGGAACAGCGGAACGCAACUCUCCGCCCCCGCCGCGCAGCGCCGACCCGGAGCAGGAAGCAGGGGACGGCGUUCCUUGACCCCGGCGUGGUACGGGAAAAGCUCAUGGGAGAAGGGAUGGAGUGCAAGAGCGAUACUGUCUGGAGAGUUUCUUUGUUGCCAUUUACACUUCUAUAUGCAACCGGAGUGCACGACUGAUUUUUUUGAUGUGUACGUGUGUCCUGAUUCGGGCUGGAACAGAGUUCAUGUUCGUUUUGGUAGCUGGAGGAGGAGGCAGAGCCAGUGGUAAUCACCCGAUCUCUAUCCCUGAGUGAACUACGAGACAUGAGAAAGGAUUUCAGCCACCAUCCAGAUGGGAUGAGAAGAUAAGUGUCCUGCACUGCAGAUGGCCUCUUGUUUGACAUUUAUUGUUUACUAGUCUGGAGUCAGCUUUGGUGGAUGAAGAAGGUUGAUCUCUCUAAGAUGUUUGACAGAAUCAAAGCAUCUGAUGAAGCUUCUGCUUCUUCAGCACAAGGAAUCGAAAGACAUGGUGUUGAAGGCUCUCUACAACAGGACAGCGAUAGCAGUUUACGCACAGGAGAGCAAGAACAUCCUCAGCCUGGAGUAUCCACUGUGCAAAAUAGACAAGGAUACUGCAAUUGUUGUCGUGUACACUACGGUAAUCUGGAACAGCAUGUUUUGAGCUCCCAACACAGACAUUUUGCCACUUGCUGUAGGAAUCAUACGGACACCAAUAUCUUGGUGAAGCGUUUCCUGCAAGAUGUUUUAUGCUAUCAUCCCCACAGAUACCAUGACAACAGACCAAGCUAUGAUGACAUGCCACUCCCCAUCACUUCAGAGGCUGCUAGGAUUGCUUGCCUGUCCCCAGAAGAGAUGGAGAGACAGAGGAAGAGAGACAGACAGGAGAUUUCCAGCAAAGACAAGGAGUCCAUUGGUGAAAUAAGCUCUUCUGCUCCCUGCCUGUCUCAAGAGGGCACAAAGAAAACUUCUGUAACACAAGCAUUUACUAAAAAACUAGAAAGAGGGCAGGAACAUGUUACAAGAGUAUCGCAGCAGUCCAUGGGUAUUUGUAGCAAUGAGAAAUGGGAUACCCUGAAAGAUGCUCAGAUUGCAAAUUGUAGCCAUGAAGGCCAGUUUACAGCUGUGAGCAGGUGUGAUAAAACAGGAAUGGAGGUAUGCAAUAACAAUGUGUCAUUGAACCCAGGCUUGAAUCCUGCUCUGGCAUCACUUCACCAAAAACACCCUUCAGUUUCUCAUCAGAAUCUUAUGUACAGCCACAGCAAUUCUUUAUGUAUUACCUCAGGUCAAUCUCUCUCAAAACGAGAUGGUUUACGAACUCAGGAUGAAAUUUUGGUGUCUGAUUUCCAUCUCAGGGAUACUGUGGGUAUCAGCAGCUCCUUAGAUCUUGGGACAUCCCCACAAUUCGCAAGAUGCAAAAAUGUGAAGACAAACAGAGGUGAUGAAAGUUCAGUAGGUGAAACUACUGAAGAUGUUAUUCUGAAAUACUGCUGUGGAACUACAUCUGAAGAAAUUUAUUUCAAAGAAGAGAAUAAUCCCUGUUUAGCUGUUUCAUCACUUCUGGACCAUACUUAUUUGGAGGGUUCUGAAAUGAGUUUUGACUGUGAUGUGCCUAUUCAGGAAGGAACCGAUUUACCCAAGGCAGCUAUAAAAGAUAUAGAAUUCCUAAAAGAGGUCCAAAUAAGUUUGCAAGAUAAAGACUAUGAAACACAGCUGUCUUCUGUUUUAAAAAGUGAGUCAGUAGAGAAAACAGGAGCAGUGAAACAGGAUGUUGUUCAUACUGAAGAACCAGUUCUUCCAGCUCUGCCUCAUGUGCCUCCUUCUUUUGUGGGAAAGACUUGGUCUCAGAUAAUGUAUGAAGAUGAUAUAAAAAUAGAAGAACUUGUGCGUGAUUUCAGGGAAGGUCGUUUUCGCUGCUACUUUGACAGUGAAUCCUCAGCCAACUGUACAGGGAAGAGAAUGAAGAAAAAGCAGAAGGAUGAAAAAAAGAACAAUAUUGUUGAGGAUAAUAAAACAGAAAGUGCAUCAGUUAAAGCAUUGCCAGAAUUUAAUGAUUCUUUAAGUGGUGGCUCUGAUUUUGAUAACCCAUCUUUAGUCUCAGAUACACUAUGCAACCCACAAAUUCUUAAAAUGCCUAGGAAAAGGACAUGGCGCCUGGCUUCAAGGUGCCAGGUGGUUAAAGUCAGCCAUGGCACCCAAACAAGUCUAUUGAACUACCCUGUAGCAAAAAGAAAAAUGUCUAGAAGGGAAUCUGAGCCAGCUGAUCAGAAAGCAAGCAGCAUGUGGCCAGAGAAUGAAAAAACUCCAAACAUGAAAACUAGACUAUGUGCCCUUAAACUGCCUGAGUCCUACAGCAGGAUUAUGAGUCCUGUACAGCCCAAGACAGUGGUCUAUGUGCUUUCGUGCCCAGAGAUAAAACAGUGUAAAGGUAAACCUAUAGAUAUUCCCAAAAUGAGGAAAAAUCGUAACUCCACAGUUGUCAAGGACUCUGUAAGGUAUAAAUACAAACAGUGUUCUUUUAAGUAUUAUGACCCACUGACAAAUCGAAUUCUGAAAACACCUCCAAACAGUACAGUUGGAGAAAAGGCCAAGAAGCCUUCCCAUGUUCGACAGCUUUUCAGAAGUCUCAGCUUUGAUGCAAACAUGAGGAAACUAGAUGAUGCACAGAGAGAAAGCACACCAUCAAAAUCAUUCAAUUGGUCAAGCUUCUGUAGUUCACCUUCAGCAUCUUUCCUGCCAGAUCCAGAUAAAGGGAAUGAUGCAGCUUCAAGUCAAAAGGCAGAUGGAUCUUCUCUUUCCACAGAAAGAACAGAUUGUCUGGUAUCUGGUCACUCUGAGAACUCUUUUAAACACCUGAUCAUUUCGCCUGUGAACUCUCACCAGCCUGUGGUAGAAGGAGAUGGUAGGUUAACUCCAUUUAACAGUAGAGUUACCAAAACUCCUCUGACCUCCGUCAGGAGUGAGCGGUUAGAGAGAGAGAAUCCAAAGGCAAUCUGGCAGAGAAAAGAAGGCACUAAUAAAGAACCAGUUUUUUCCAGUAAGGCUGCAGGACCUGUGUCUGUCAGAUGUACUGUUGGGAGGAGAGGAAACAGAGUAACCAGAGGCAAACAAACUUCCAGAACUAAAAAACAGCAAAAAGGGGGAAUGAGAAGGAAACUUUGUCCUCGUGCCCAGAAAUCUGCUUUUUCCAUCCAGAGGUGCCAGACAAGGAAAACUACAGUGGGAAAGCACCUUAAGAAAGAAAAGCCUGAUGCUAAAAAAUUAAAGGUGAGGAGGAAACCAAAAAGGACCUUUCUGAACUCAACAGUUGUCACAGGUAUUCCUGAAAAGAGGCAGAAAGUCACAUCAGAAUCUUUUCCCAAAAAGCCAGAGUGAGUUUCUUCCAAAGUCAGGAACUGGGAAGUAAGUGGAGAUCAGGGUCACCCUAGCACUGUGAACCAGUCCUCUAGAAGAACUUCUCCUGUACUGUUACUUCAAAACUGUCUUGUUCUACCAGGUGAGAGCUAGCAACCGAAAGAACUUUUUUUUUUUUUUUUUUUUUUUUUUAUAGCCAGCACCUGGAAAAAGAUUGAGGAAAAGGAAAGGAAACAAAAGGAGGUCAUAGACAAAGCAGUUGAAGUGCUGGAGCUGCAGAAAGUGAAAAGCCAGUCUAAUGUGAAACAGUUACAACUGUAAACUCAGCUCUUGUUCCUGGAAUAUGGGGACAUAAUGUAUUGCACUGUCCUACUGUGUAAAGCUGCAGAAGUUGUGCAUUUGUGUUAAAAAGCACUUAGAAUCCUAUUUACUAGACUCUACCUGUACAUCAGAAAAAUGAGCUUGAAUAGUAUCAUAUUGUUUUUAUGGUAUUAUAAGUGCGUAAUAGUGCACUAAAAUAAGGUAAAUAAGAAGCUGUAUUAAUUAAUUGUGCCUAUUCUAAUUUUUUCACAUAAUUCUAAAGUGCAAAAAAUGACUUGGUUGUUACACUAGAAAUUAAAUGCCGAUACAUUAAUCUGGACUCAAUUCUGUGUAUGUAUUUUGUGUCUGUGUAUAUGCACACCUCCUUCAACACAUGAUAUAUACUUGCCUAUGGAAUGGCAUUAAAAUUAAUACAGUAUGAUACAAUUCAGAUCAAUUCAGUGCUUUCUGCAAAUUAAAUAUAAUUGUACAUGUUUUUAUAUUGACUUUUUUUCUUGAAACCAUGUCCAAAGCAGUUACUUUGGACAAAAAGUCACUGUGGGCUCUCAUCAAGCAAUAAUGGACCAUGCUGGUAAGGAAAUAUGUGUCUCUAGGGCACUGUUCGAAUUGUGGUGGCUAAAGUGAAAUCUCAAAUUCCAAAACAAGUACAGGCGUAGGGUUUGGGUUUGGGGUUUUAAUUUAUUUUUUUUAAUUUUUUAGAUAUUGAUUUAAGCUUAUAGGUGAAUUUCAUAUUCCUUAGUGGGGAGGUGGAAAAGUUAUAGUACAAACAAAUAGCAGUGAGUUUUUCUAGAAUUUCAACCUUGAAUUUGAGUUUCUGUGCUUUUGAUUUUAAUUGGGUGUACUAUUGGUUACAUUUUUAUGUACUAUAGUUGCAACCUUCUUUUUAAACUUUUAAUUAAAUGAUUAAAUUAACCUAAAGCAGCAUCCAUCUAAAUGUAUUAGAGUUCAAAUAUCUCUUUAAACCGAUAUUUAAAUAUCUGUUUAUUUAGUUGAAUUUAAAUUAUAUUCGAUAGAGAAUCAAAUUUGGCCACUGAUGCUCUCUAACUACCAUGAUUUUAUGACAAAAAGUAUUGUAUUGUUCUGGUUUAGGUUUUUGGUUUUUUUUUUAUUAACAGUUAUUAUGAUGACAGCUUAUUGUGUUUGAGACAUAAACCCCAGUUUUUCAGAUGUUACUAUGCUUUAAAAUCCAAGAUUAGUUGUUCAUUUGUGUUAAGCAUAUAGUUAUACAUCAGAAUCAGGGCUCUGGUCUGUAAAUCUGCAAUUUGGUAUAUUAUAUAAUCUAUUUUACUUUAAAGGUCUCUGUAAAUUCUAUAGUUGUAUAAUAGAUCUUUCUGAACACAAGAAAAACAGAAAAGACUAUACCCUGCUCUUUCUGCCAUUGAACAUAAUAUCUGUGCAUUUGUCCCUGAAAAAAACAAAAUCAUUCUUGAUUCAUUUUCUGAAGUGUCAAGGGUCACUCGUUUGGAUUGGGAUAAAGGUGGACUUUGAAAUUUUUUGUUUUAAUAUACAGUAUCUGAAGGAAAUAUAAAAGCUGUCAUCAUAAAUCACUUAUUCAAUAAAUAUUUUGGGGAUUUUUUUUUUAAUGUAUGUGCAUAUUUUCCAAAAUAAAUAAAAGAAGUGCAUGUACUUAAGCCAGCUGGAAACUAAGUUCCUUUACAAGUCAGAUGUGGUCUGUUAGGAGGUUUGUUGUUUUUUCUUUAAUUUAUUUUAUUUUUAAAAUAAAAGCUUAUGUAUAUGGAUAAAUUUUCCUAUAGCUGUCAGUAGACAAAAUCUUAGGACCAUAUUGCAAGUCACUGGAAAAUGAAGGGUUAUAUGAGUUCUUGUAGCCCUCUUAAGUAAUUGUGCCUGUAUAAUUUAAUAUUUUGUCUAAUAUAAAACUGAGGGGUUUUUUUUAAAGCAAAGUUUUAAAAGAAUGGUUUUUAUAGAAAGGCUAAUUUUUAGAUAAAGCAAGAGAAGAUUUUUUUAAACAAAGUUUGUUUUAAAGCAAAGCUUUAAAUUAACUCUAUAGAUAAGUCCCAUUCUAACAUAUUUUUAUGAUACAAGAAUGUUUUCCUAACUUCAUCUUAUUUUUCACAAUAUUGUACACAUGAAGAGCAUGAAUCGUUUUGUGUGUGAAUAAAGUUUAAUGUACAUUGUACUUUAAGAUCACUAGUGCAUAUUUAUUUACAGCCAAAAAUACUGUUCUCCAUACUCAUUCACUGCAAGCUUGUGUUUCGCCAGCACAAAACUUUUCCUUGAAACCUUGAGUAAUAAAAAUAUCGAGGACUAUAAAUUGACUAACAUUUUUAGCCUGUAAUGUCUCUUUGUAAAUAAUAGACCCCCUUGUCAGGGUGUGUUUUGUUUGUUUGUUUUUUUAAAGAAAAACAUGUAUUAAAUAAAAGUGUAAAUAGCUAUAUAUUUUCCUUAAAAACAAAACACAAUAACAAGUAUGAAAUGUAACAAUGUCUUUUAAAUAAGAGUUGGUACAAGUCUGGAAACGUUUGUGUGGUUGACAGUGUCAAAAUAAGAUUUACUAUAAGCUUGGAUGUUAUUCUAUGCCUCACCUCUGACUGUUUAGAAACCUCUUCUGUGCAUGCUCAGCGACUACUAGGAAAAAGAGGGGAGAUUGUGGUAUGAGAAGAAAAUGUAGAAACUGGUUUGGAAAGAGAAUUGAUGAAGAUAUGUGCAAAACAAAAAAUUGCAGAGACGCUCAAAAUACCAUGUGCAUGAAAGGCAGAGAUUCUGCUGCCAUUGUUGUAUAGCAUGUUUCAUUAGCAUCAUGGCUGAAACUUUGAAACAUGACUGUGAAGUCUACACCAAUGGAAGACUUCAGAGCUGAAAUACUUUCUCACUGAAAUUGAUGGGAAGAGUGUUGGUUGGUUUGGGGUGGGGGGUGUUGUGGUUUUUUAACAUUAGUGGACAAAGAUGUUUGUCAGUAUGAUUGCAUGGCUUAAUCUAGUGAAGCAAGAAAAGGUAACUGGAUUAAAAAGAAAUAAAAUCAUGCUUUUUGAAUAAUAGGUAGCAGUUACAUAAUAGCAGUUACAUAAUAGGUGGCUACCUACAUAAUAGUUGAGGAAAAUGUUAUUUUUUUUCAAUGCAUAUGUAAUUUUGACCUUCUGCAAGUUCAUACUUGUGUUUUUUUAGACAGUUCAUAAUUUACAAAAAGGCUCUCUCCCCACAAAGUACUCAUUCAACCUUUUAAAAUUAUCUUAUUCUUAAGCAGCUUGAUUUUUAUUAUUUACUUGUAUUGUGAACCUUGAGUGUGACCCAGACUCAUACUGUGCCAGGUGCUAACUCAAUAUAGACUAGCAAGUCCCCAAAACUUUAGAUGUCUGAUGCUUGUACCUAGCAGUUACUCAGUUCCUUUUCUGAUAGGAUAUUUACUUUCUAGUUCUUUCUGACAAGUUUGCGUCUAAUGUGCUUGUAGUAUGAAAGUGCUGCUCUCUGUGACUGAUAAAAUAAAAUAUUAGUUGUAUUUAUAACGA